GAUUUCAUGAUGUGCUGGGCAAUGAAAGACCUUCUGGUUAUAUGAGGGAACACAACAAGUUAAAUGGCUGGUGUUCUGAUGAAAAUGAAUGGGAUGAAAAACUCUAUCCAGUGUGGAAGAGAGGAGACAUGAGGUGGAAAAACUCCUGGAAAGGAGGCCACGUGCAGGCAGUGCUGACCAGUGACUCACCAGCACUGGUGGGCUCAAAUAUAACGUUUGUGGUGAACCUGGUAUUCCCCCGAUGCCAAAAGGAAGAUGCCAAUGGCAACAUAGUCUAUGAGAAGAACUGCAGAAAUG